AUGACUCCUGGACAGAGAAAAAAGAUGGAGGAAGAUGAGAAGCGUAAGGCUGAGGAGGACGCACGCCGAAAGAAGCUGGCUGCGGAGAAUGAGGAACGCAGGAAAAUCCAGGAGGAGGAAGAUAGAAAACAGGCGGAAGCUGAUAAGGGUCCUUAAUGAUUAAUGUUACAAAACGUCUACAACGUUAUACGUUGGUCCAAGAAGUGCUACAUGAAAAAAAUGCUAUUCACAUGAUCACAAUUUUCCAACUCAAAUUUGACCAACAUGUUCAGGAUUAACUUCUUUUCCCUCUAUCCUUAGGCUUAUCCCUUCAAAGAACUGUUCAGGAUUAACUUCUUUUCCACAAAAAGGACCUAGAGAACCUCCUCGUUUCCACAAACAACAGUCCAAGCCGAACUCGACAACCAGAAGAAGUCGAGAGCAGGAAGGGAUAUGGAGGACGCGCAAAAGUUGCAAGACGCAGCAGUAGAAAUGAAGCGACGCAAAUUGGAACAGGAGCAGAGAAACAGGGAGUUGCAAAAAACUCGACGAACCAGAUUCUCAAAGGGUUUUGACGCAUCAUUAUUGUUGCAAGUGGAGAAUGAGGUACGCUUUCAUCAAAUUUUGGAAAUGAAACAAGAAUGUACUUAUAGAAGAGGACUAUAAUCAUUUUUCUUGAAAGUAGAAUUCCUUCCAUAAUUCACUCUCCUUCCAUUUACUCAAAUAAUAUCGAAAAAUAAGAAGUUCCUUCACCUAUAAUUUGUCGCACAGCUGAAGAGCAGCUGGCCGCGACCUUCCGCAGCUGCUUUUGAGUGCUCGAAAUUCUUUCCCACGGACAACGAGAAGACACUCGCGAACCGGUGCCGCGGUCUGAUGCUUUUCGUGAAGAAAAUCCUCUUCAAUGCCACGGUUGAAGACGAAAUGCAGUACUUCCUAGAGCAGUGUGGUCCUGCACUGAAGAAGUACCUGGAAACAUCCGAAUUGGAGCCGGUUGAAGUAUUGUACGCAGCUAGUUUUGUAGCGAGUGAAAUGGUGCACAAAAAGGCACUGCCGGACUACAACAGCGACACAGGAGUUCUAGAAUCCUUUUUCUGGGAGCUGUACCAGGGAAAACUAGUGGCAGAAGCCGAAUUCCUACAGUGGUUCGAUGAUCUCGAUGACGAAACGCAAGGAAGAACCGACGUCAUCUUCCAGGUACUUAUAUCAUUAUGCUCAUACUUCUUCUGACUUGAUGCUCGAUGAUAGUCACUGAGGAGAAGAAGUGCUUGUUCUAAAUUUUAUUCUCUUAAAUAUUCAAUUUGUGAUAUCUCAAAAACUUCAGGUUACUCCUUGUUACACGAACUCCAAUGAAUAGUCUAGUAAGUUUUGAUUAUUCUCAAAUUUACAUGAUCAGGUUACACCGUUUAUGCACUUCUUGCGUCCACCACCGCCGCCGGAAGAAGGUGAGUUCUCUGACGAAGAUGAGGAUGACGAAGAAGGCGAGGAGGACGAUGAGUAAACGGUCCUGCUAUCAUCGGCAACCUAUCAACAAGCAUUUCACGUCGAUAGACAUGGACGUCCAAUGCAUCUUACGUCGUCGAUAGGCGUCCUCCAAUUCUACUGUUUCACCUUGUGGUUAUUUGCUGUAUAUGUCCCGCAAUACCUUCAAAACGACAUCUACUUGAAGGUGUAAGAACAACUUCGAAAAUAACACGUUUAAUAUUGUCUCACCAACGGCUAUUGAAUCUCAUAUCGUCCGCUCGUGCAUUGUUGUUUUUGUUCUCCGUCUCCCUUGAUUAGAAAUUGCAUACUGUUGUCCUCUCUCACAAAGCUUGAUGAUCUCACAUAAGUAAGAAGUAUUUAAAUUGAAUUUGGUUUGCUAUUUGGUUCACAGAAGUCAAAAAUUGCUUUUUCCUUUAAAUGCCUGUCUUGAAGAAAUCUAGUUAUUUGAAAGCCUGGUCAUGUUGUUGGUAACGAUGGGUAUUAAGCAAGUACUUACUCAGGAGAUGUAAGUAGAUGAAUGAAGCUGAUAUUGUGCAUCCAAGAACCAAGAACGUAGUUAAGUAGCUCAAAUGCAUACACGACCAUGUCAGACUAGAGAAGUAGUUGCAGAGAUGGACAUACUUCUUAGUUGUGGAGCUCCUCCUUUGCUGGAGAGCAACAUAAUAUUUGUCACGCAGGAGCGGCAUAGUUAACGAAUUUUUUUUAGACCUGUAAGCGGUACCAUGAUGAAUACUUACUUUUGCGAUGAUGUCAAGGUUAUCGAUGAAUCCUUGCAAUCAUAAUAUGCCAUAUGCGCAUAGAGUUCGGAGUAAAAUAAAUUUUCAUAGCUGACUACUGUAUGAACGCUACAACAACUCUAAGAACAUGCUUAUGAUAAGUUAAUAUCCAGGUUGUACUAGGAUAUGAUCUACUACUAUGAUCGCGGUACUGGUAUCCUGGAUCAUCGUCAUCAUGAAAGUUUCUAUUAUUCGAAGAUCUGACUCUCUCACUGACCUCAACAUUGUGACCUGCCUGCCUCAUACGACCUCUGAUCCAUUAUUGUUGUUUGAAAUCAAAAAUAUGCCCGUAUAUGAACAUCCCGCCCGGACUCAUUUUGGCCGUGUUUACACGUCCAGGUGCGAAGACAGAAUAGCAGGUUGCUGUGCUUGCAUUGGGUGCGGCGCCAUCGUCUGAUUUAUCGACAAAAGAAAGGUUGGAAUUAAAGAAGAAACAGAGCUACCUGAAGGGAGUGGAGAC